AUGGUCGGCCCUUCAGCUUCACUUUCGGCUUUACAUCGGGCGGAUGGCUCUGCAUCAUACAAAUGUCCCGCUACUGGCUUCGCUGUGCUUGGUGCUGUGAAUGGACCUGUUGAGCUGCCAGCCCGUCGCGACGCUCUGAAACCCGAAGAAGCCACCGUCGAGGUAUUCGUGAAGCCCGGUAAUGCCGUCCCUGGAGUUGGCGAAAAAUACGUGGAGGGCAUCUUGCGCGAGGUCCUGAGCACAGUGAUCCUCCGGCGCGAGAAGGGACUCCCCCGUCGCGGAGUGGUCAUCACACUGGCAAUUGUGGGGGGUGAGGCCACAGAACGCGGUGACUCGUAUCUCACUCUCCUCCCAGCUCUCCUACAUGCCGCCCUACUGGCCCUGAUCUCCGCUGCCAUUCCCUUAUCCAUGACCCUCGCUACUACAUUGCUCGGUGUGACUCGAUCCGGGGAGAUUGUUCGAGACCCGUCGCCCGCUGUCGCUAAAGCUGCUACUUCCUUGCACGCCAUUUCGUUCUCCUCGAAGGGCCACCUGCUGAUGAAUGAAAGUCUGGGACGGUUCGAUUUUGACACCUGGGAAUUGGUUCGACAGCAAGCCGCUACUAUCUGCGGAGCAGCGGCCACACCUGCUUCCGAUGGCGACGCCGCCAUGGGCGGAACUGAGAAUUCCCAUGUGGAUGAAUUUGUUCGUGAGACCGUGGAGGACCAUCUGCACCGUGACUACAACUGGAAACUCGAGUCGAUUUGA